GGACCCAUAGCGUCGCCCGCCUCAGAGGUGGAAGCCGCCAUUCCGCCACGGCGCCGAAACGUCGUCAUCAAGCUACGCGCAGAGCCACGCCCCGCGGCCGGGCGGGAAAAGCGCUUCUACCUCUUUGGGCCGUUACCUCAAAAGGCGCGUGCGCAAAGCGAAGGCCGGCCGGGCCGAGAGGGGAAGUGGAGAGGCAGGAGUGCGGAGGAGGGGGUGGUCUGUAGCUGAAUGCGCCUGCGUUGUGGCGGCCUUUGGCGCCCCAAGGUAGGGCUCACGUACUUUCUACCCAGCAAGGAAUGCGCGUGCGCGUAAGCAGGGUUGUUGAUUAGCGCCCCCCUUCCCCCCCGCCCGCCCCGAAAAGCGACCCCUAGUGGUGCACCGGCGCGGACCAGAAAAUUGCACGCUUUCUUGAAAGAGGCAUUUACUGAGCGCCCAAUGUAUGCCUGGCACUGGGCUGGGUGCUGCCACCUAAGCGAGCACGACCAAUGCAGUCUAUCAGAGAGGCCCAGAUCGCCAAGCAGCGGGCCCCUGCAGUCCGCCAUGCCACUCCCGACGCCUAGAGCGCCGCUCAGCACACCGUGAGCGCCCAAUAACUGUUGGGCUCCAAUGACACCGCGGAGGCGGCCCCGUCCCCGCGCUCCCGCCGCUGCCGCCGCCGCUCCCGCUAGGGCAGCCCGGGAGGCCAGACGCUGGCGCUGCAGGGAGAGGGCGGUGGGCGCAGCCGCUAGGGGGCGCGGCGGGGCAGGGCGCACCUUUCCGUGUGUCGCGCGGAUGGCGGCGCAGGGCGUAGGUCCUGGGCCGGGGUCGGCGGCGCCCCCGGGGCUGGAGGUGGCCCGGCAGAAGCUGGCGCUGCGGCGGAAGAAGGUGCUGAGCACCGAGGAGAUGGAGCUGUACGAGCUGGCACAGGCGGCGGGCGGCGCUAUCGACCCCGACGUGUUCAAGAUCCUGGUGGACCUGCUGAAGCUUAACGUGGCCCCCCUCGCCGUCUUCCAGAUGCUCAAGUCCAUGUGUGCCGGGCAGAGGCUAGCGAGCGAGCCCCAGGACCCUGCUGCCGUGUCUCUGCCCACGUCGAGCGUGCCCGAGACCCGAGAGGCCUCCUUUCUCUCUGCCAGGAACAGUAGCUCCCCUGCAAGGCCCUCCUUUUCCUCCAGCCCGCAGCCUGCGGCCUCUCCGGUUCUGCUCCACAGCCCGGCUGCCACACACUCGCCUCUCUCUCCAGGCCCCCCGGGUUCCCUCCGCCUCUCUUGCUGCCUGUUCUCUCCUUUUGCAGGGAGAAACAAAGGCAGCACUGCCCUCGGGGGAGCAUUGGCCCUGGUGGAACGCAGCAGCCGCGAAGGAUCCAGCCAGAGGAUGCCACGCCAGCCCAGCGCUACCAGGCUGCCCAAGGGGGGUGGGCCUGGGAAGAGCCCUACGCAGGGCAGCACCUAGGAUGG